CUCUCAUAAGCUUUUUCGAGUUUCAAGCGUUGCUUCUGCAUUCUGAGAGGCGUUGCUGUGAUGUAGGUAACUUCUUGAUAGUUCUGUCAGCUGAAAUCUAAUAAUUUCCAAAGAUAUUUUUUUAAAGCAAUGAGUGCAGCAUUUUUGCUUUUGGAGUAUUUUGAACUGUUUCUUAACUGCUUGCUUCCUGUUCGUCUCUGGUUGUGAAAUAAGCCAAAGAAGGGUCUUUCCGAGCAGUGAAUUGCGCUGUUCAAUAUCUGAGAGUGGGCUCCGGAAUCAAGGGAAACGACUGACACCUGUGCACAGGGAUUGGAACUGACAGAAAAAGGAUGCACUCCUUGUGUGAAGCAUAGACGUGCUGCUUUGGAACAUUCUACAGCUGCUGAACACCUUUUUCUCAAAUGUUUUUGUAAGUCGCUCCAGUGAGCAGAAAGACUUUCACCAUCAGCUAUGAACAGCGAGGACAGGAAUGUCACAAUGCCUCCGAAAGUUUCCUCUCCUUCAGGAAGCAACAGCAGCUGCUCUUCUAAACAAGAAAGCCGCCAGGACAGCUGGGAGAUUGUGGAAGGCCUGCGCGGGGGUGCAGGUAAUAUCCAGGAGCCGCAGAAACAGAAAGGCUUCCUCCUGAAGAGAAGAAAAUGGCCCUUGAAAGGAUGGCAUAAGAGAUAUUUCUUUUUAGAAAAAGGCAUCCUGAAGUAUGCCAAAUCUGAAGCCGACAUUGAAAAGGGAAAGUUACAUGGUUGCAUUGAUGUCGGCCUGUCAGUCAUGGCCAUAAAAGAAAAGGCUAAGUGCAUAGAUUUGGAUGCAGAGGAGCAUAUAUACCACCUUAAGGUAAAAUCCCAGGCGCUUUUUGAUGAAUGGGUAUCCAAACUUCGCCAUCACAGACUGUACCGGCAGAAUGAAAUCACAAUGUUUCCCGUUGACAAAAACAACCACUUCUUUCCACAUUUCCCCACUGAUGUUUCUCCUAAUGCAUCCAAUUCCUCUUCCUUGAGAAAGAGAGCCACUCUUACCAAACAAGUCUCACUCCACACUGGAGGCAACUUCCCAUUAACCUUCAACAGCAGCCAGGCUAAAGUGUCAGCUUGGUUACAGUCCUCUGAAGAUAUGGACAGGUGCUCCACAGAGCUUACCUUGUGUCAGUCCCAUUUAUUGGAGCUGAGCCACCUGUUGCAGAGCAUGGAAGUUCUGCACAGAACAUACUCUGCACCAGCUAUCAGUGUCCUUCAGGCUUCUUCCUUUGAAAGCCCCAAAAAGGAAAAAAGAACUCAGAGACGGUGGCGUGCCAAGGGUUAUGGCAAAGAUUCUAAAACAACAUUACAGGUCCCCAGCUGCACGUCAUCUGAUUCGAUAAGGCUGCAUGCUUCCAAUCCCAAUCUGUCUACUGUAGAUCUACCUAAUGACAAAUGCUGUUCCGAAAACACAGACUCCCCUUCAGAUGCUUCCAAGCUUCAGGAGGAAUUCUAUCAUGUGGCUAACAACUUGCAUUCCACCUUAAAAUCAGCCUUCAGUAUAAUAACCACCGAGCGAGGAAAGCUCAAGCAGACGUUGGAUUGUGAAGCGGGCCAGCCACCAUCCGCACAGAUGAUUGGUUUGAAGAAUGCCCUGGCAUCUACGAUAGCCCAAAAUACAGAGCUGAGGGGCCGGCUGUGUAGGAUUCACGCAGAGUCCAGGAUAUUGUACUCUGCAGGCAAUACAAACACAAGCUGUGGUCCAGUGCAGAAGCAGGACUCGAUAGAUGGCAGCAGGCCUCUAGUUCACCAGGCCUCUAAUGAAAGCAGGAAUUCUAUUACUGAGUCCCUCUCGGAGUUCUUCGAUGCGCAGGAAGUGUUGCUGUCUGCAAGUUCUUCUGAGAAUGAGGCUUCAGAUGAUGAGUCAUACAUCAGCGACAUAAGUGACAACAUUUCAGUGGACAAUUUGAGCAACGAGGUUGAAAGUUGUGUUCAGAAUGGAUCCCCUCAGCCGUUCCGGAGGCGCUUCUGCUUGCCUGCUCCAGGCCCCGACACCAGUAAUAUCAGCCUGUGGAACAUCCUGAGGAACAACAUCGGAAAAGACCUGUCCAAGGUGGCCAUGCCUGUCCAGCUGAAUGAACCCCUGAACACCUUGCAGCGUCUGUGUGAGGAGCUGGAGUACAGCGAGCUGCUGGACACGGCUGCAGAGACACAGGAUCCAUUCCAGCGCAUGGUAUAUAUAGCUACCUUUGCAAUAUCUGGCUAUGCCUCCAGUUACUACCGAGCUGGGAGUAAACCAUUUAACCCCGUGCUUGGAGAGACGUAUGAAUGUGACAGGAAAGAUAAAGGCUUCAGGUUCAUUGCAGAACAGGUCAGCCAUCACCCACCAAUAUCUGCUUGCCACACUGAAUCCAAAAACUUUGUCUUUUGGCAAGAUAUGAGAUGGAAAAAUAAAUUCUGGGGAAAGUCCAUGGAAAUCGUCCCGGUUGGAACAACACAUGUGAUACUGCCCAAGUUUGGAGACCACUAUGAGUGGAAUAAGAUCACGUCCUGUAUACACAACAUCCUGAGUGGCCAGAGGUGGAUAGAGCACUAUGGAGAGCUUUCUAUCAAAAAUUCAAACAGUGACAUCUGUCAAUGCAAAGUGACAUUUAUCAAGGUAAAGUACUGGAACUCGGAUGUGAAUGGCGUUGAAGGGACAAUAACGGAUCGUAAUGGGAAGGUAGUGCAGCGAUUGUUUGGAAAAUGGAACGAAGGCGUGUACUGUGGGGUGCCACCUUCAGCCAAUUGUGUUUGGAGACCAAAUCCCAUGCCUAAUGACUUUGAACAGUACUAUGGAUUCACCAAGUUUGCACUGGAAUUAAAUGAACUGGAUCCUGUAACAAAGCUGCUGCUGCCACCAACUGACACCAGAUUCAGGCAAGACCAAAGGCUACUUGAGGAAGGGAAUGUAGAAUUAGCAGAAGAGCAGAAACAAAGAAUUGAACACCUUCAGAGAGAGCGGAGGAGAGUUCUGGAGGAAAACAAUAUGACCCAUCAACCUCGUUUCUUCAGAAAAUCAAGUGGAGAUACUUGGGUCAGUAAACAAACCUACUGGGAUCUGAGAAAAGACCCUGGCUUUGCCAAUCUUGACAACUCUGUACUUUGGUGAAUCGGACAUUACGAAGAUCUGUGUAUCAUUUCCAAGAUGCUGUUAUGUUAUGGUGACAUUAAUGUAUGUGUGUAUAUAUAUAUAUAUAUAUAUAUAUAUAUAUAUAUAUACACACACACACAGCCAUGGCCAAACAGUUUUGCAUCACCCUAUAGAGUAACUCAUUUUGCUUCAUAAAGUCAAAUGAAACCUGCUGAAUAAUGUUAUGUUAACAUAUUGAAUUACAUACCGCUUUGUAGCUUUCCAUAUACCAUACUUAACGAAAAACUAACAGAUAAAUGUGAUAUUUCAAAAUCUAAUAAAAUACCGUACUACUAAUUAUGGCAUUCAUUUUGUAGUUUCUUUGAUUACAUGAUGUUAAAUAAAAGAAAAUUAAAUUGUUAAUUUCAUACAGUUUCAUAUAGUUGUGUUUUUUUUUUAUUCAUAUUAUUAUUAUUAUUAUGUCUCAAUCCUAAAAUACUAGGUGAUGCAAAAAUGUUAGCCAUAUAUAUAUAUAUAUAUAUAUAUAUAUAUAUAUAUAUAUAUAUAUAUAUAUAUAUAUAUUCUCUUGCUUUUAUAAAUGCGUCUUGCUGCAAUUCAUAGAGCUAAAAUGCCUUAAUAUAUGGCUGGUUUCACAGACCCUGAUUUAACACUUAUCCUAAAGUAACGUUAAGGUAGUCCAGGGUUCGAGCUAAUCAGGGUCUGUGAAACCAGCCAAUAGAGUGCUUACAAUAAUAAUAAAAGAUAUGUUUUAACCUUUAUUUUUUAUGUCAAGUUUUCAAUGUAGAAGAAAUAUGCAAAUGUAUUAUAUAUCUGUUUCUUUUUUGUGUUUACCAUCAUAUGCACAAAUAGACUAAUUACACCUCCUGAACUACACACUGCUUCCAUAAUCGAUUUAUACAGAGGUACGCAUUUCCUUAACAUGUAAUCAAUCAUAAGGCUUGCUACAUAAAAUCACUGUCUUAACUCGCUGACAUUUUCUACCUCCUAAGAUAAAAAGCAUACUUCACUUUGUAUAUCAUACCUUGCCAGCUGCCUUACAGGUUCAAUAUAUUAAGUUUUAUAUCACCCCUGAUUUAACUCUUUUAAAAUGUGCAUUUGUUAUCUAAUAGAUUAAGAUCUCUGUAUUCUGUUCACACUAUACUUCAGUCAGAGACUUGAAAAGUAUUUAUGACAUGCCUCGUUCAGUGAGAAUAGAAAAAUAAUGGAUUUAAUAUCUGGGAUUACAGAAUGAAGCUUCCAGGGUGUGUGGGAUUAGAAAGUGCUGACUUUAAAUUUCAAGGGUUGUGUAAUCAGAUCUCUAAUAAACUCAUCUUUGUCAACUCACAA